GUGCAGAUGAUAACAGAAAAAAUGGAAGAAAGCUGAGACUCAUCAUGGUAUCAGUGUAGGAAGUAUAAUGGCAAAUACUUUCAGUGGGGGAUCAGUAGUAACAGUUUCUAGGCCUCUGGAUCGAAUAUUUGAUGAUGCUCAACAUACCGGCGAAGUUAUCCUCUGUGGUCGUAAAUUAAAGGAGUACCCGAAAAUAGCAGGAAAAUAUGAUCUUGUAGACACCGUCUCCAUAGAUCUUUCCAAAAACAGAUUUACUGAAAUCCCACCAGAAAUCUUUGAGUAUCGCUCAGCAGAAUUAUUAAAUUGUUACCACAAUGCCAUCAAGUUUGUACCCGAGGCAUUGUUACAGUUACAGAAUCUCACUCAUCUUUGUCUCAGUCGGAAUCAGCUGACAGUCAUACCCCCAUUCAUUAAAUGUUUACAAGCUUUAGAAGUUUUCCUUGCCAGUCACAACAAAUUAGUUUCCUUACCAGAGGAAAUAGGGGAACUGAAAAGGCUAAUGGAAAUAGAUGUUAGCUGUAAUGAAAUAUCUCACUUGCCAUCACAGAUAGGGGAUCUAAAAUCCAUGCAGUCUCUAAACGUUCGACGGAAUUUGAUAAUAGAGUUACCUGUAGAAUUAAGUAAAUUACAUCUACGGAAGUUAGACUUCUCAGGCAACAAGAUUUCAACUAUACCUACAGCAUUUCGUAAGAUAGAGACAUUAGAAGAGAUUGUAUUGGACCAUAAUCCUCUAACCAUGCCCCCAGCUCGCGUUUGUAUCAAAGGUAAGCGGCACAUGAUGAAGUUUCUUCAGAUGGAGGCAAUCCGAGAAGAACAGAAGAGAGACAAUGACGCAGAAAUGAAGAAAUUGGUUCGCAAAUCCAUGCCUCCUCAAAACUCAGUAUCUGCUGAAGAAUUUAUGACAGAUCCAUUACAAGACAAAUGGAAGAGACACACGGUACUAAGUAACGAUUCAGGGUACAGCACAACAGACAGCUUGGAAAAGAUUGCCUGGGCAUCCAAUGUAUCAGAGGCGUUAGGCCAACGGCAGCAUGGCGAUUCAUCAGCAUUUAAAGUUGUCAUGGCUAAUGGUCCAGAAUUAGAUCUGCCACGGCGAGCAUUUGAAUCUCGUCCUCCUCCAAUAAACACAGCUUACAGUGGACCAAUCAACAAUCAGUUCUCACCUAAGACCCCCACCCCUGUGUAUCCACCAACAGAAUUCUCCUCGCCCCCAGGAGAAGUAUCGCCUCCGUCACCUUUGACCCCAGUUACUCCCAGAAUUCCAAUUAGCAACAGUGACUCCUCAACAUUUUCAGAGAAUGAGUUUUCAAGGGAACUUAACCGACAGAAGGUGGAAUACGAACGCAAGAAGAAAACGGCAGAACAGUUACGGAUCCAACAGGAGGAAGAAGAGAAAGAACAUAGGCGAAAAGCGGCCCAGAAAAUUCAGGAGGAGCAGAAAGCUCUGCUGGAGAGACAAUGGCAAGAAUCCAGGGCUAAUGAAGCAGCAGAGGAAAGCCGAAGGGCAGAGCAAAGAGUGGAAGAACCAAAGGUGGAAGUGCCACGUACAGAACCAGAGCAUAAAAAGGGGACAGAGGAAGCUAGACGUUCUGUAGAAAACAAUUACAAGGUUUAUCCUGGCCGACACCCUGCAGAUUUCAACACCCCCACCCCCUAUGGUUAUAGACCUCAGUAUAACCAUGGAAAUGUGUCCCCUUACUCUCCCGUCUCUCCGGGAUCCUCCCCUGGAUAUUCACAUGGACAGAUAAUUCAUUCUCCAUGGGGGAAUGAACGCCAAAGCCCUCAGGGGAAUUCCCCACAUGGGAUAUCCCCACAAGGGGUCUCGCCAAACAGGCCCACAAACAUGUAUGCCCCUCGUGCAUGUGGAAACCCUCCAAGGACUCUGUCACUUGACUCUCAGCAUUAUUCUGGAUAUGUACAAGAUGCUAGCAUGGGAAUUGGCAGUUCUUCCGUUCACUCCCCUCCUAAUGUUUCCUCGCAUUCCGCAAAGACGUCUCUGCCUCACUAUGCUGCUCCCUUACAACGGAAUAGCAGAAAUGCGAUGGAUACCUAUAGCAUGAAUUAUAGAAAACCAAAUCAAACCAGCAACAGCGUGAACAAAGACCAGCAGAAGCCAACAAAUGUUCCGCUGCGACGACAGGGUUCAGAACCAAACCAGAACCCUCCGUCAAAUCUUCCUACAGGCAAAUCAGCAGGGGCUAAAACAGGGGCCGCUGGUGGCCCCAGCUCCACCUCGCGAAUCAAAACACCUGCUACCAGAGGCAUUCCCGUGUUGCAGCACAAACCGGGCAGUGCUGUGAAUGGAGGGAACAGCCCUGGGAUUUCCCCGAGUCCCAGCCCGAGGUCUUCCCUAGGAUCCACAGGUACAAACAGUCCCAAUUCUUCAACAUCUUCACUACACAAAGUCGGAGAAAAGAGUGGGACUGUCACGCGGAGAACCAAAACCUCAGUCAGUACUCCGUCAUCAGGGAGGGCCCCAGCAGGUGGGGAGAGGAGCAAUAUGCCUCCCCCCACACCUGCCAGAUCUACGUCUAACCGACCAUCAACAGGUUCUGCACAAGAGGAUAGCAAACAAAGUCGAGGUGGACGAUCCACCCCAGGUGAUGACAAGAGACAAGUGCAGAAAAACGCUGUCAACAGUUUGAUAGCCAAGCGAGAGGAUAAGAAAACGCCUCCAAACCCCCCACUGAGAACCAGUUACGGAGCGGCAUCUAGAAGAUCUGCUGGAUCUGGAAGUGCAAUGAGAGUAAUUGAUAGCUAUAAGGAAACUGAUACAAAUUUUACUCUACGCCGACAAGAGGACCGUAUGAAGGAGGAGGCUGAACAGUUGAAUCGCCUCAGAAUAACAAUAGAGAAGAGAUUGAAGGUGACCUUGCCAGAUAAUUUACCCGAGUCUCUGAAGGACGGUGUGCUGCUAUGUCAGUUCGCCAACAAUAUCCGACCUCGCUCGGUUCUCAGCAUCCACGUCCCCUCUCCUGCUGUGCCAAAACUUACAAUGGCGAAAUGCCGCAAAAAUGUUGAAAAUUUCCUAGAAGCUUGUCGGAAGAUUGGAGUUGGAAAGGAGCAGAUCUGUAGUUCACAGGACAUUCUGGAUGAGAGUGGAAUUAUACGUGUGUCUAUAACAAUUGCAGCCUUAGUAGCAGUAUCAGCAAAUCCCAAAUCAUCAGCUGUGUAGCAGAAAUCCCAAAUAAUCCCAGGAUCCCAAAACUUACUAGUUAAUUACGCAAGUCUCGCCAUUACCAUUCAGUUGUCAGCGCCAGUAUUAUCGGUGAGAUCAAGGAUUCCCAAAUUUGGGAUCUCAAGUCCUAAAGUAGAUGUACAUUGUACACACAGGAUUGGAGAGAGAGAGACAAGUCCUAAUCCUGAGUUGGGAGUGCAUUUCAAUGAUAAUUCUACACUUAUCUUCAGAGGAACAUCAAAGUCAUAUCGAGGAUUUCUCGUUGAAUCAAGUACCUAUAUCAAUGUAUGAAGUCCACACAUUACUGGGAUAUAAUCAGUCAGGUGUUUGUGUCUCUCCUUUUAUCCAGUACAUAUAUAACCAGGGUCACAGACUGUGAUAAUACUCAAGUUCACUGUAUAAAUGUGGUAUAAAUAUUGUACUUAAGAAAUAAGUAGUAGCUGUAGGAGGCCUCAGCCUGGGUGUGGAGCUGUGUUAAGGGGUACCACAUGUACGCUGUAUAGAAUUGUUACUGGAGACUUUUCACACCCCUUGUACCCAUGUAGUGUCAUUGGAAGUAAUUUCCAACAUGCUAUGGUUCGUAUGAAAUGAUUGGUCUCUGUAAAACAUGUUACAUAUAAUGUAACAGCAGAUCAAAAUAUGCAUGAACCAAUACUAAAUUGGAUGGGUUUUUUGGUUUUUUUUAUACAUGUCACAAAUUUUAUCAUUCUUUUAAUUUUGAAAUCGCCAUCACAAUUUAGAAUUAAUUUGCUGGGUUUGUUCCAAAGACAUCAGAUCAAAAUCAACCUGCCAAAGAAAUUCAACAAGUUGGUUAAAAUAGUAGUGGAAUAAGGAAAAGUGAUGAACAAAGAAACUCUUGGGAGUGUACCUCAAUGGUACUGUUUUGAAAAUUGUUUUUGCAGAUUUUUCCUUGAUUGUAUUUUCCAUAUGUAGUAUAUCUUCAACAUAUUGUAAAAUGUAAUGAUGAAUAGUGCUACUAAUUUAGCUUCGGACACAUGUGCUAGAUGAAAUAUCUCCGACAUGCUUGUUUGCAAAAAAUAAAAAUUUCAGUUUUUGCAAUUACAGAAUCCUUGUUCUGAUGGUGCCAUAUUGUAAUCAAGAAGUGAUGCCUACCCCUAGCUUUUGCCUUACACAUCUCUGGUCCCAGUCUGUAGUCACAUAUCUAUGAAAUGUUUGCCUUAUACGCUGUAUCUCGUUACUAGGUUUCAGUUAUCAGAAGAUGGACAUGAAGGAAUUCUUAUUGAGUACCUCUAAUUCUGCUCAAUGAUUAUGUCUCAUUAACGUUAAGCAGCAGAAUCUCUCCUAUAAUUUCUGACUGCUUGUUCUGUUUGAAAUAUACGCCAUGGUCUUUACUGGCUAAGGUAAAUAUGUGUAUCAGAUUUAAAGAUUUUAUCAUCAGCAUUCUGUGUCAUUUUUUACUUUUACACAUGUACAGUACAAACUGCCAAUUCAAAACAAUUGUUUUGUUUUAUCGUUUUAUGUGCAAUAAUUUUUGUUAUGUGAUAAUGAUCAUGAUAGGCAAAUUAUUAAUUGUUCAUGUCUAAUGCAUGUUAAAUUAUACAGCAAGGAGCUGGGACUCAACACUGUACACAGCCUUGCAUUCAUUUGGAGUUAUUUUCAGUUUCUGUUCAAAAACCAUUUUCAUCUCCAUUCUAUAUAUAUAGUGAGGUGAUCACCAUGGUUUUAAUUUUGCAGUUUGUGUUUAAACUGAAAAAAGUGAAAAUUAAAUUCCAGUAAAAAUAAGGCUGUGUACAGUGAGAUGUUUCCGUGUGAAAUACUUUAUUUUGACACCAAAAUCUUUGCAUUCUAAUGGAUUACCACAAAAUUUUGUGCUAUUACAGGUACAAUAUACUUGCUAGUCUUCAAAAUCUUCACUGUUUGAUUUGUCCAUUGCCACUAACAACUAUGCAGUGUCUUUUGUAUACGCUUGUAAAUAUCCACAAUGAGAUUAUGACUGUUGACCUUCGAUUAAGACCAUUUUGUCUACACAUUUCUACAUCAUUGUUUUCAAUUGUAUCGGAGACAGGGAUCCAAGAUUAGGAUUUUUUUUUUUUUGGAAGAAAUAAUUGCCAAUUGAGUGUACAAACCAAUUAACGUUGGAUACUCAAAAGAAAUGCUUUCGUUGAAUAUAUAGACUUUCAGUUAUUUUAAUAUCAUUAGGUUUGAAUCUUUAAAAUGUAUUUAUAACAUAAGUUCUUUUUUUAUACAUGUAUAUUUAAAACUGUUCAAAGCAAAUUUUAAUUCAAAUCAAACAGAUUGUGUUAUAUUAUUUAUUUGUAACUCUUCAGAAUACCUGUGUUCUGCUUUGCCGCAAAUCAUUCACUCAGACUAUCCGAUAUCAGCUUUUGUAUAUAAAUUACAUGUAGCAGAAUAUAUAAACAACAGAAGUUUAAAUCGUUGUGGUUUUGCAACCAUUAAUUUGCUUUUCACUGUUAUGUAUGUAUGCAAGGUAAUUUAAAGAUGCAUAGACCUAGGUCAAGAAAAGAAGAGUUUUAAGAUAAAUAAAAUACUAAUUAGAAUA